UUUCAGCUACUCGUUCUUUCCGCUUUGACCGCCAUCGCCGUGGCUCGCCCCCAAGAGGAAAUUCCGAAACCAGGAAUCAUUCCCGUCAUUAGUCGUGAUGAAAUCCACGAUGACUUUGGACAAUAUGCACUUAGCUACUUGUCCGGCGAUGGGACUUCCCUGAGGGAACAGGGAGCGCUGAAACUCAACGCCGAAGGAAACGGACAUGUUCUGGUCAAGAAGGGAUCCAUCACAUACUAUGCCCCUGAUGGAACGCCCAUCACUUUGGAAUACAUCGCCGACGAAAACGGUUUCCAGCCGAAAGGAGCUCAUCUGCCCACUCCGCCACCACUUCCGGUUCCAGAGGCCUAA